UUAUUAUAAUUUGUGUCAUCAGCCUAACAAUGGUUGAUGCAUCAUAAUCCCUGUCUUGAUGCAGGUGCCAGUUUUCUUGAUAAGUUACCAACAGCAGAGUGCAGCAGUUCCUGUAGUAUGAGCAAGCCCAAAACUCAACCCCCUGAGGGGUUUAAACCCAAUGUGAUUUCCAAGGGGAUCAAUACAGAACUAAGAGGGUUUAUUCACUGUCAUUUACCAAGAUUUUCGUGCAAACAUGGGAUGAUUCCAAAACUAUAUGUGAUGCCUUGGAAACAAGACAUGAAGUACCGAGCAUUACAUUUGCAGCAUGCUGACCAAAUUGAACUAUAUAGUGGUGCCCUUGAAGAUACCCUAUUUCUGGAGAAAACAGAGAGGUAUUGCCAUGGUGAAGACCGGAAGAAACUUCUGCAGAAAGUUCCACAACAACCAGUUGUUGUGGAUAUUCCCAUUUAUUCUCACCUCUCAAGAUACCACAAGUCCAUGGUGGCUUAUGGCUUCAGGAUUAAACUCUGAGUUUCCUACGUUCCACUGGGAUUUCACCAGCUGUUCAUAAAACAAUGUUACAAAGGAAAAAAAGCAUGUGAUAGCUUGGUCCUUUUUCUAAUUAAGGUCAUUUUUUGUUCAGUCAGUGAAAUAUCUUCUUAAACUAAUAAACAGAUUUGAUCAAUUUAAGAUGUUCUUUCAGAUAUUUACAUACUUUGGUUUUUGUUUUAAUGUUAAGCAUCUGCAUUAGACUGGACUGUGUUACAUAAUUCCAGUUUGCUUAUCAGUGUAUUUUCUUGUUUUGAGUUGUUCUUGUCUUUCUGGUUUUAAAGUUUUAAGAAAUUCUUUAAUCUGCUCAGAGAACUACUGAGAAAAUUAGAAGUGUUGGGCAUAAAUGCUAAAGUUUAGGGCUUUUUAUUGUGGUUGUUACAGAAAAAAAAGUUAUACCGGAAUUAUAUCAGAGGUAUAUUAUUGAAAAGUAGAUGGGAAAUGUACUUUAGAAAUUGGAAUGCCCACCAUACUGUAUAUUGAACCAAGCCAAUAAUCUCAACAUUUUGCUUCAGUAACAAAUUAAUCCUAUUAGAUGCC